AUUGUUUUCACUUCCAGCCCAGGUUUUAUGGAAGCUAUUGUGUCGAAGAACCCAAGGUUUCCUGGCAGGCAGUUUGGACCCCGUCCGUCCAACUGCUCGAUACCCUUCCCCACUGUUGACAGUCGCAGCUCCAUCUGUUGCUACUCACCUCCUUCCUCCUCUCACGCCCUUUGGAUGUGGGACGCCUCUUACGUUUAUCCCCUAACCCCCUCGGAAGCACCAGCACAGAAGAAACCUUGUUCUCCCUGCUCCUUCGGUAGCCCCUGUAACGCGACGUCUCCCUUCUGCAGGACCCGUACCAAAGCUCCUUGCGUCUUGAGAUAGCGCAGCCUUCAGCAUUCUCUCUGUAAGACGUCGCUCCCUUCUACAGGACUACUACUACUACUACUACUACUCUGCGUCCUGAGAUAACAACCUCCUUGAUUGUCUCCUUACCUUAGCUGGACUUUCGUCACAGUAUUAGCAUCGUCCCUUUUCGUGGUAUUAUAUAUUUUUUUGCUCAGCUUCUAUUGCUUUUAAUCCUAGUCACUUGUGGUGAGGAGAAGAGGAGGAAGAAGAAGAAGGAAUUGGAGUUCUGUCAAGGAACGGGAAGAAGGAGAAUUUUGUUGAAGAAGAGAAUAGGUGCCAUUGGAUAAGAAGAGAAAAAUAGACAGUCAAAUUAAUCUAUGAGAGAGAGAAAAAAAUAAAGUGAUUUUAAAAUAUAUUCUUCCAAGAAAUUUUAAAUUUAGCUCUACGUCUCGAAACUAAAAAUACAAUUUUUUAAAGCUAGCUCUACAUCUCAAAAAUUCAAUACAUAAAUAAAUUAGAAAAAGCUAAAUAGAUGAUAAAGAAGUAAAAAAAAGGCUCAAAGGUCUGAACAUCGAAUCAAGAGAGUAAACCAAAAAAAAAUUCAAUACAUAAAUAAAUUAGAAAAAGCUGAAUAGAUAAAGAAAUAUAAAAAGAACAAGUUAAAAAAAAAAAGGUUCAAAGGUCUGAACUUUGAAUCAAGAGACUAAAAUCAUACUGAGAGUGUGUGCAUCCUGAAGAAGACGCAACAACAGCAAAUAAAAAAAAAAUUGCGUGGUUUCUUGUCCUCCCUUGUCGCAAGAGGGACAGAUUAAGCUUUGACCGCUGCCUGGGACCCCCACCCCCCCUCCCAGGGACACAUCAUGACGGCUGUACACUCAGGAGUGAGGAUAACGGGUCCUAUCCCGUCCUUCAACCAGCUGCCCAGGGGUGACCACCUCACCUCUGUGCAAUGGCUUUCCUUAGCCGUCAACCUCCUCGACAUUCACAGCGAGCGAGAGCGUGAGAGGGAGCGAGAACGGCACGGCCGGAGGCAUGACAGGGACUACUCCUCGGAGCGGCGCCACCACCGAGGGCACGGCCGGCGCCGAGUGUCCUCGCGCUCCGCGUCUUCGGACUCUUCCCGACGGCGACGCCCCGCCCACCACCGGAACCGUCGGCACCUGCGUGAAUCGUUUGCAAACAGCCACAGUUCACGGGCAACUUCAGUCGAAGAUGAUGAAGACGGACAUCUCAUUUACCGCAAUGGAGACGUCCUGCAAGAUAGAUAUAAGAUCAUCACUACGCUCGGAGAAGGCACCUUCGGGAAGGUCGUCAAAUGUCGCGAUUUACAGAAUGAUAGGUUCAUAGCACUGAAAAUUAUCAAGAAUGUCGAAAAAUAUCGCGAGGCUGCAAAGCUAGAAAUAAAUGUCUUGGAGAAGUUGGCUGAAAAGGAUCCCUUCAACAAACAUUUGUGCGUUAGAAUGCUAAGCUGGUUUGAUUACCAUGGGCAUGUGUGCAUCGCCUUUGACUUGCUAGGUCUAAGUGUAUUUGACUUUUUGAAGGACAACAAUUACCGUCCGUACGCGUUGGAUCAAGUUCGACACAUUUCAUAUCAGUUAUGUUACGCAGUCAAGUUCCUACAUGAUAACAAACUAACUCACACUGAUCUCAAGCCCGAAAAUAUUCUCUUUGUAGACUCCGAUUACGACCUAACAUAUGAUCCAAAGAAGAAACGAGACAUCAGAACGGUGAAGAGGACGGACAUACAACUCAUUGACUUCGGUAGUGCUACAUUUGAUCAUGAGCAUCAUAGUACAAUUGUAUCGACUAGACACUACAGAGCUCCUGAAGUCAUAUUAGAGUUAGGAUGGCAACAACCUUGUGAUGUGUGGUCCAUCGGAUGCAUUAUGUUUGAACUUUACCUCGGUAUCACAUUAUUCCAAACGCACGAUAACCGUGAGCACUUGGCUAUGAUGGAACGCAUUCUUGGGCCCAUCCCAUACAGAAUGGGCAGAAAAACACGGACCAAGUAUUUCUACCAUGGUAAAUUGGAUUGGGAUGAGAAGAGCUCGGAUGGGAGAUACGUCAGAGAAAACUGCAAACCUCUUAGAAGUUAUCAAACUAGUUCAGAUGAAGAUCAUCGUCUACUUUUCGAUUUAAUCACAAAGAUGUUGGAAUAUGAACCAGAUCAGCGAAUUACUCUUGGCGAAGCACUAAGACAUCCGUUUUUUGACAAGAUAGCUGCCAUUCACCGACUGGGGGACGAAGCGGUUGGUGAUCUACGAGAACGCUCACACUCCCUUUCGCGGUGAUGUCAAGUAUUCCAAGAAUCUUACAGUGCUGCCGCUUAACUGUACCAUCCCUUGCACCCUCCCUGCCUCAUCAUAGCUCUCAUACAGUCAUGUACAGGAGAAGGAAUUUAACCACAGCAUCAGGAUCCUUGUUUACAAUAACUGACAAUUGAGAGAGAAUCUCAUUUUGGGUUUUUUCAUAGCAAAGUAUUUUUUGCUUCAUUGAACUUGACUACUUUUAUUUUAGACAGGAUAUUGUAUGUACAAGUUUAAUGAAAUCGGAAGAAAGUAGGGUAUAUAUAUAUAUAUAUAUACAUAUAUAUAUUAUAUGAAGAGAUAGUUUGUUGGACUUAUUUUGAUUAAUGAAGUUUGAUAGCUUCAUUAACGAAGACUAUUUCAUCAGCCCCACUAGAUUGUAGCAUCGUAGUUCGUUUCGUAAAGUGGGCUUCGACAUUUGGAAAUGAUAUUCAUUUCCAGUGUGAGCUAUUCAAUGCCUGUGGCAUCGGGAGGGAAACAAGGUAAUUUAAGAAUAAAAAAGAAUUUUACACAUUUGCAUUAAGUUGUAAUUAACUGGUAUGUUUUUAUGGCUAUUGUUUUAAAUAAAUGAGGCUAUUGCAAUGCUGUUUAUUUCUCUGAGUUAAAGAGCAGACAGUUAGGUGAGUCCAAUGUAAUAUAAGAAAAUGUAUAAAUUGAGCCUUGGACAUUAGUGAAAUGUUUUGUAUGUGUUGUGAAUGACUCUUAGCAAGUGAAUUAUUUUGUAUUUUUUUUUAUUUCGUACUAAUACUGUACUUGAAGUUGUCUUUUUUAUCUUGAUGCACAAAACUACUACUAGUGUCAAUUGUUUUUUCCUUUCUUCAGUCUUUCUCGUACUGUGCACUGGUGUGGAGAAAUAAAGAAGAUGUAACUGUGAAUUUUGAAAAUGCAUUUGACACUGUCAGAGAAAGCGGACUCUUCAAUUCAGUGUUUUAGAUAGCAGCUGGAAUUUUACAGGAUUGGUUAAUAACCAUGACAUAGAGGAGAAAUGCUCUACGGAUACAGAUUCGUUUUUAUGUGAUAGUACUUUCAGCUCUGUUGUGAAAAAAGGAAAAAUGCUAAUCAGUCAAACUGGUAAUGUGUACUUACUGGUGCAAAGUGGAAAGUAAAUCUUGAAAAGUCAUUUACUCUUACAAUUGACAAGCAGAAAUGGAGGUUGAUUUGGACAAAUUAGGCGGGGACGAGACUCGCCCUCAUUGUUCAUAUGCUGUAUAAUGUAUAUAUAUUAGUUUUCUGUGAAAAUGUCCCAACCCCCUCCAGAGUUUUAUAUUGUAUGAGUGUAUUUAAGGAUGGAUUUCUUUUUUUUAACUUUUUUUUUCUGGUGAAUCCAAAGGAUUUCAUUGUAACUGGAAUAGCAACUAAAAUCUUUAGGGAUGAGAAUUAGCUUGUGUUGAAGACAAUUGUAGGAUUGUGGGCAUUUCCAAAUAGAGGUUAUUAUCCAACCUUAUAUAUAUAUUGACAGGAUGUAUAGUGAAAGAUUGUUGAUCAUGUUGAGGUAUGAGUGGUGUCGUUAUUGCCAAGGCCAUAAAUUUGUUGCUCUCAAUAAAUAUUUUCAUUUAA